GGAAUACUUUGAGCAUUUUUUGAGCUUUCUGGGCUCAAUUUUCAGCCAAUUUUUAAAUUUCUAAAAAACUUUUUUUAAAAAGAAUUUUUCGUCUGUUUUGCAUGCUACUUUUUUUCAAAAAAUUUGGGGCAAAAUCCCAAAAAAUUCCGCAAAAUUACAGAAUUUUAUGGGUGGGGGCAGCGGUCUGCUGAUAAACUCCAAUCGGCGAAAGGGCUCGAGUUCCGGGUUUGGAUGUGAGGGAUGGUUUUGUGAUUUGAUGGACGGUGCAAUGGUUAUGUUAGUGGUUAUGGUUAUCGCCACAGCUCUCAUAGGCUGCCUAAAAGCCUGCUUGUGUAAAAAACAAAAACAAUUGCUCCGUGAGCCCAAGCCAACAUCAGAAGCGGCGCAAGAGGUGCCGAAUGGUCCAGAACUACCACAAAUCUCAGAGGCUCCGCCGCCAAUGUUACCUGUAGUGAUUGUGUUGGAAAAUCCACCAGAAUACGCAGAAAACGAUCAAUAUAUGCCUCCUGCUUAUUGUACCUUGAGAUUCAACAACGACGAAGAAGCCCAAAUAUAAUAGGUUUAUUGAUUUUUUUUUGUUUGUUUUAAUUAUUUCAAAAUUGUUUUAUAUUAAAAUAAUAAUACUAAUAAACAAAAAUAAUCGAUA